GUAACAGAGCAAGAAGAAGAAGCACAACCACACGUGUGUGAAUUCCUCCACUUUAAAUCCAGAAUUGUUUACUUAAUGUUUUUAAGACGACUUUUAAACGACUACACCAAGGCAGUUCGCCUGAAAACCCUUUGCAAUCCCUGGAAUCGCCACAAAUCCUUCGCCGCAGCGAUGUCAGAGGCUCUAGAUAAACUGGAGGUGGAGAAGGAAGCCAGGAAAGAGGCCAAAGAACUGGAGGGCGAAGCCGUGAAGGACGCCAACCGCAUCAAGAGAACACUUAAACGCAAGAAAUGGGUCGAUUGGAAGGAGCAGGACGAGAAGGAUGCCGCCAACGGCGUGAAGCGAGCGCCGUUCGAUCCCGCCGACCGGAUCAAGCGCAAGAAGAGCGCCAUCCUGCUUAGCUACUGCGGUGCGAACUACUAUGGUAUGCAGCGCAAUCCCGGCAUGCAGACCAUCGAGGAGGAGCUCUUCAAAGCCAUGCUAAAGCACAAGUGGAUUACAGAGGACAGCUUUGAGCAGAUUCAGAUUUCCUGUUUCCAAAGAGCGGCCAGGACCGACAAGGGCGUCUCCGCCGCCCGCCAGGUGUGCUCCGUCAAGCUGCCUGAGGAGCUGGACCUGGAGGCCUUCAAUGCCGAUCUGCCGCAACAGAUCCGUCUGUUUGGCGUAGAACGCGUGACUAAGGGCUUCAAUGCCAAGGAUCAAUGCAAUGCUCGGACCUACACCUACACACUGCCCACCGUGGCCUUUGCUCCGUUUGAGGAAAAGGUCGACGACGUGCACGACACCUUCCGGAUUUCACCAGAGCUGCUGCAGAAGGUUAAAGAAACCCUGAAGCUCUACGAGGGCACGAAGAACUUCCACAACUUCACCAGCAAGAAAAGCUUUCUGGAUCCUUCGUCCAAGCGCUUCAUCAUGUCCUUUACGAGCAGCGAGCCAUUCCGGAGUCCCCAGGACAUCGAAUUUGUCACACUUAAGGUUAAGGGUCAGAGCUUUAUGCUGCACCAGAUUCGCAAGAUGGUGGGUCUAGCCAUUGCCAUUGUAAGGGGGAACACGACGGCGGCCACUUUAGAGCGGGCACUGACGGAGGAGCGUCUGGACCUGCCGAUGGCCCCUGGACUGGGCCUCGUGCUGGACACAGUGCACUACGAGCGCUACAACGAUCGCUACGGCAAGGACGGCAUCCACAAUCCGCUGACAUGGCAGGCGCAGGAGGCGCAAGUCCAGGAGUUUAUCGAGAGGGAGAUCUUUAGCCAGAUCUAUAAGACGGAAGCCGAGCAGCGUAACAUGCUCGACUGGAUAGGAACAUUGCAUUAUCACUCGUACGACACGCGGACGGAGGACGCGCCUCCACCUUCCUCCGAAGACAAGAAGGUUAAAGGUGGUGAUGACGACAAUGACGAAUAAGAUAGAUUUUUUUAUGAACAUUAACAAAUAAAAUCCAAUCAAUUUACACUUGUACAAUAAGG